CGCUGUGUGGAGUUGAGCAGAGCCGGGCGGCCGGGCGACGCCGGGGCAGUCGGCGUGCGUGCAGCGCCGUGCCUGCGGGAGGACCCGCGCUCUGGAUACUUGUUCUCCGCUGGUGUCGCCCCGCGCGCCCGGACCGUUGACUCGCGACCCCAGACCCCGACUCCCUCCGGCUCGGCCCGCGCGCCUCAGGCCCGGCUCGGGCGGCGCGACGGGAGGAUGAGCGGCGGGCGGCGGAAGGAGGAGCCGUCGCAGCCGCAGCUGGCCAACGGGGCCCUCAGAGUGUCGGUGUGGAGCAAGGUGCUACGGAGCGACGCGGCCUGGGAGGACAAGGAUGAAUUUUUAGAUGUGAUCUACUGGUUCCGACAGAUCAUUGCUGUGGUCCUGGGUGUCAUUUGGGGAGUUUUGCCCUUGAAAGGGUUUUUGGGAAUAGCUGGAUUCUGCCUGAUCAAUGCAGGAGUCCUGUACCUCUACUUCAGCAACUACCUACAGAUCGAUGAGGAAGAAUAUGGUGGCACAUGGGAGCUCACAAAAGAAGGAUUUAUGACAUCUUUUGCCUUGUUCAUGGUCAUUUGGAUCAUCUUUUACACUGCCAUCCACUAUGACUGAUGCUGCACAGUCCAAAGGAACCUUGUAAUUACAGCACAGAAACAUGCUUGGGGCACCCCUGCCAUGUGGAACCUAGAAGACCCUCGUUUCCUGGACCGAGAAUCAGUGUGUUGGACAUCAGUGUUUUCUGCAAGGGUUGUGAUCCAAAACUUUUCAAAGA